AUGGGGCCAGGCCUGGGACAGCAGCUUGGGCACCUCCACCAACCACAUCUUCCAGCGGGCCGCUCACCGGCCAUUUGCUUCUCAGCAGUGCCACUGGCUCGCCUCCAUCAAUUCCAGGACAGCAGGGCUCCAGACACCCACGCGCUCCGCGUGGCCCACCCACACUUCGCCCUGGAGGCCUUCGAGUCCCUGGUCGCGGGCCACGCGAGCCACCUGUGGGAGGAGCUGCGGCAGUUCUGGGCCGACCACUUCUCGCGCCGCUUCUCGCCGCGGAGGCCGCCGCUGCGCCACUUCUCAUCCACGUCCACCUUCUACCUGCUGGACCACCGCACGCGCCAGGCCGAGCUGGGGCUGAACUACGGCGCGCCGCGCACCCGGCUGAGCAACGAGGAAUUCGUGUUCCGCGGCGGCCGCUGGACCGCGGAGGAGGAGAGUCACGCCCGCCCGCGGUCGUCGCCGCCCUCGUCCACCGGCCCGGCCUGGGAGCCGCCGAUCAAGAGCCAGGUGCUGCUGGAGGAGAACAACUACCUGAAGCUGCAGCAAGAACUGCUCAUGGACAUGCUGACCGAGACCACCGCGCGCCUGCACCUGCUGGAGAAGAAGGUGGACGCCGAUGUCGACCCCGAGGCCGCGGCGCGCGCCUGGCAGAGGAAGAUGCGCAAGCACGGGGGCGCGGGCGUGCUUAUGAUCCCGACGCGCGCUCUUGAGUCGCGGUGACGCAAUAAAGCCAUGCAGAAAGCCGAGCUGUCACCUCGUCCGGCCGGUGGCUAGGGUGGCCGGUUGCCCGCGUGCCGGCCCGGUGCUCCGUGGUGGCGCUGCGUGCGGUCCAGAUAUUCGGGUGCAGGAGGCAGAGAGCGUGUGGCGCUCGGGCUGGGGAGAGGUGGGCAGA